AUGUAUAGACAAAUACCUUUAUCUGUUGCGUUCAGUAGUGAAAACCCUGACGUCAAAAUAAAGGGGAACAGAGUAACGUUUAAGUUUCCAACAGACUGGAUUGUGAACAUAAAUGAAGAGAAGUACAUUGGCAUAACAUCUAUGUAUAUAACACGUGCUUUCAGAAAGGUUGACUUUAUACUUCAAGUCGAGAUAGAAAAUGACGAACAGUCUUUAAGCGCCCAAAACAUUCACAUAUACAAAUACUUUAAAGACGAUACAACAUUGUUGCAAUGUAUGAUUUCAUUUAAUGAGAUGUUCGAGAAAAAGUUCAACAUUGAAGUACAAACUUUACAGCCUUUACGUGAGUUUCUUGCACAACUGAAAGAAGAAGGUAGUCAGCCACAACUUAUAGACUUUCAUUAUGAAUUUAAUGAAAAUGAAGAUGGAACUCAUGACUGUCAAUUCAUUGUAUUCUCACCAUUCAAUGAAGUCGCUAAAGAGAAAAAAAAUCCAUUACGUAUAAGAUUUCAAAUCUCCGAACCAAGUGAUGAUUUAAGAAUGUUUUCAAUUAUGAUGCAAUGCUUCCGAGGAAAAAUGA